AUGUCCGAAGUGGACCGAGCAAGGGUGUGGUCGCUGAAGGCCACGACUGGGAUGGGAGAAUCCAGCCGAAGGGUCCCUGACCCUGCAAGAGACAACCAGCGUUUGCUGAUGCAGGUUAAGCACAAUCAGACUCUUACUGUAGAGUUGAUUGACACCCUCCAAGACAAGCUGGAGCAUGCCUGGGAGGAGGCAAAGAUUGCCCGGGAGGAGGCGAAGCUUGCUGAGCUGAAACAACAAGCUGCUGAAGAGAAGCAGCAGCAGAGCGAAGAAUAUGAAAAGAGGGCUGCUGAAGCCAUUGAAACCUUCUGCUCGGCUAUGGAGAAAGAAGUUUUUCCCCCGCUGAUGGAAGGGGAGAAAUUCCUUCAGGAGAUGGCUGCUGAAGAGGCUCUACAGGCUAGGGAUGUUCACCUUUUUGCUGCCCAAGCUGCUGCUGAGAGCCAGGAUCAGAAGCUGAAGGAGUUGGAGGAUCAGCUGAGAGUCAAGGGAGAUGAGCUAACCCAGGCCAAAACCGAAGCUUCCAACGUCCGGCUGGAGCUUAAUGAGCAGAAGACUUCUUCCUCCAAACUCUCAGAAGAGUUAGAAAAAUCUAAAAAGGAUUUGGAGGAGAGUCAAAAGAAGUUGGCUGACGCUGAAGCCUUUCUCCAAGUCCGCCUCUAUACCCAAGAAGAGUAUGAGAUGGGCUACAUAAAUGGGUUUAAGGCUGAACAAGCCGAGGAGGAAGCUGAGCGGCAGGAGUUGGAGGCUGAACAGCGAGCCGCUGAAGCUCAGUCAAGGGCCCAACCUGCCUCCUCUGCUGAUGGAACCGAGACUGCCCCGGGACUAGGCCCGGCUAAUCAGCUUGAUCCUCCAGCUGAAGCAUAG